AUGGAUUGGGCAAUUAUUAGAUCAAAAAUUGCAACUGAUUAUAAAAGAUAAUGCUCUGAAUUUUCAAAACCUAUAAAUCAAGCAAUAAUCAGAACUUAUUAAACUAAAGCAGAUGAUAUUAAUAUAAUUUUUAGAGGAAAUUAUAAGCUUAAUUUCAAUCAAAGAAUGUUAGAUUAAGAUUUAAUUUUAUUACUUUCUUGUCUUUAGGAUUAUAAGGAACAUAUCAAACAUAUUGAUCUAUCAUUUAAUGAAAUCACGAAUGUAGGAGUUCAAGAAUUAUCCAAAUUCUUACAAGGUACAAAAUCUAAAUUUAUUUAUAAGGAUGUACUUCUUUGGAAAGUCUCAAUUUAUAAAGUAAUAAAAUUGGUGUUGAAGGUGGUGAUUUAAUAACAGAUGGAAUUAAAGAUAUACAAACAUUAACUCAUUUGAAUUUGAACUAUAACAAUUUAUAAACUAAAGGAGCUAUGUCUAUAGUUGAGAUGUUGUUUAAUAAUAAAACAAUUUUAGAGUUAAAUUUAGCAAAUAAUGCAAUAGAUCAUGAUGGUGUGAUUGUAAAAAUUAAUUAAAUUUAUUAGGCAAUUACUUCUAUUCUUAAUUGGAAAAACAAUUCAUUAUAAAUUCUAAAUUUGGAUAAUCCAGUUUAUCAUUCAAUAGGAUAAGAAACUGCAAUCCAUUUUGGCAAAAUGUUUCAUUCUAAUAGAGGAUUAGAGAAAAUAUCUUUAUAAAAACAUAAUUUCACAUGUGAUGCCAUAUAUAUCAUUACAGAACAUUUAUUAGAAAAUAAUAAAUUAAGAGUUUUGGAUUUAACAGCAAAUCGAAUUUCAUUUAAGGGAUGUGAAGCUAUUGCAAAAUAUUUAUGUGGUGAAUAUUGUGUUUUAGAAAGCUUAAUUUUAACUUCUAAUCGAACUGGACAUUAUGGAGCUAAAGCAAUUGCAUAAGCUUUGAGCAAGAAUGUAUAUAUUUAUAAAUUUUUAGAGAACUUUGAUUCAUUUGGAUAUGGUAAGGAAUGAUAUUGAUGACAAUGGUUUAAAGAUGAUAGCAGAAUCAUUAGAAACAAAUGAUAUGCUUGUAUCUCUAAAACUUUAUUAAAAUCAUUUUGGUUAAAUGGCCUUAUAAGCAUUUCAUAAAUAUAGAAUGAAAAAUAAUAAAAAAUAAGGUAGUGCAUUAUUUAACUAUUAAUUUUGCAGCUGAAAGAUUCUGGGAUUUCCAUACGUACAUAGUAGACAAUCAUAUUGAAAUGGCCUAUGUAGAACAAAAUAUUCCUUAUGAUAUUUAAGUGUCAAGUCAAUAUUUUAUUAAUUGAAUUAAAAGUAG